GGAGCUUGAGAGCGGGGGAGGGGCGGAGAGCGGCACGGCCUAGCGCCGCGGUCACUGGGGAAGCGAGCGGCGGAGCCACGGGCAUCGGAAAGCCAGGGCCUCUCCCCCCCCCCCCCUCCACCACCACCCCAUCCCUCAGCGAGCAAAUGUCAGCGCGGCUCCGAGACGCGCCUGCCGCAGUGUUAACCCGCCACCUUGAAGCCUAUGACCGCCUCUGUUUACGCUGACCUCGAUUCGGUGGAGUCGCUCCUUGAUGAGUUGCCCUAUAUGUUUUACGUGGGAUUGUUUUUUGUGAACGUGCUAAUCCUCUACUAUGCCUUCCUGAUGGAGUACAUCCUCCUCAACGUGGGAAUUGUCUUUCUUCCCGACGACUUCGACCAGGCUUUAGUUGACCUCGGGGUCUUGUCGGAUCCGGCAUCGGUUGCCUAUGACACAGACGCCGAACUGGAUGUCUUCGAUGGCUACUUUGACUAAAAUCAAUAAUAAAACCCCGCACACAUACUCA